AUGUAUGCAAUGAUAUGGCGCAAGACGUUCUGCGAGCUGGUGCGCGUGUCGGCGGCGGUGGCGGGCAUCGAGUUCUCGUACGCGGCCGAGACGGCGUUCGUGUCGCCGACGCUGCUGCAGAUCGGCGUGGCACACCGCCUGAUGACGCUGGCCUGGGCGCUCAGCCCGCUGGUCGGCUUCUUCGUGACGCCGCUGCUGGGGUCGCUGUCGGACCGCUGCCGCCUGCCCUGGGGCCGCCGCAGACCCUUCAUCGCGCUGCUCGCCGCCGGCGUCCUGCUCGGGCUGAUCCUGGUGCCCAACGGGGCAGACAUCGGGUACGCGCUGGGCGACCCCCGGCCCGCACCGUCACCCAGCCCCCCUGGAGCGCUGAACGCGACUCCCCCACUGGAGGUGGUGACCCCCUCAGAGUGGCAGCUUACCAACGCCAGCCUGGGGCCCGGACUCUCCACCACGGAGAGUCCCGCGGCGCUGGCCAAUGAGUCGUCGGUGGUGUCACGCAAGCCGCAGUCCAGCCACCCCUGGGGCGUCGUCUUCACCAUCCUGGGCACCGUCUUGCUCGACUUCGACGCCGAUGCCUGUCAGAGCCCUGCCAGGGCCUACCUGCUGGACGUCACUGUACCAGAGGACCACGCGCGGGGACUCAGCACGUUCACCAUCAUGGCCGGCCUGGGCGGAUUCAUGGGCUACGCCCUGGGCGGCAUCAACUGGGACGCCACCUUCAUCGGCCGCGUGCUGGGUGGACACGUGCGGGCAGUCUUCACGCUGAUCACAUUCAUCUUCGUGGCGUGCGUCACGUACACCGUGACCAGCUUCCGGGAGAUACCGCUGGACGUGCUGGAGGCGGACGAGGCUCGUCAGCAGCUGCACAGCCAACAGAACCAGCAGGGGAAGCCGGACAGCGCCGAGUACACAAAGAUAUCCACGGAGGCGUCGGUGAAUGGCUACGGAUACGGCAGCGUGUCGCCAGACUAUGCUAACCAGCCGCCCCCCGCCGCCCCCGCACCGCAGCAGGAGCAGCGCAGCUGGCUGCAGCCGCCGCCCACCGCCGAGACCUCCUUCAGCGCCCCGGAGCCGCAGGAGGUGAGCCCGCCACUGGUGACAGCACACGCGACGCCCUCGCUGGGACAGUACCUGAUGUCCAUCGUCUGGAUGCCCGGCUCCCUGCGCGUGCUCUGCCUGACCAACCUCUUCUGUUGGAUGGCCCACGUCUGCUACUCCCUCUACUUCACAGACUUCGUCGGCGAGGCCGUCUUUGGCGGCGACCCUCAGGCGGAGGACGGCACGAAGGCGCGCCAGCUGUACGAGGAGGGCGUGCGCUUCGGCUGCUGGGGGAUGUCCAUGUACUCGCUGUCGUGCGCCUGCUACUCCUUCAUCAUCGAGAGGCUCAUCAACAGGUUCAGGGCGCGCAAGGUGUACGUGGGCGGGCUGCUCUUCUACAGCGCCGGCAUGGCGCUCAUGGCGCUGACCAAGGGCCGCGUCGGCGUCAUCCUCUUCUCGUGGACGGCCGGCGUCAUGUACUCGACGCUCUUCACCAUGCCCUACCUGCUGGUCGCCCACUACCACGCCUCCGGCACGUUCUCGGUGUCGGCAACGGGGGAGGCGCUGCCGGGGUCCCAUGUGCGCGGCCUGGGCACCGACGUGGCCAUCGUCAGCUCCAUGGUGUUCCUGGCGCAGUUCGCGCUCUCCAUGUGCAUGGGCGCCAUCGUGAGCGCGGCCGGCACCACCACCGCCGUGGCGGCCGUCGCCUCGUUCCUCGCGCUCUGCGGCGCCGUCUGCGCCUCGCAGGUGAUGUACCUCGACCUGUAG